AACUUUUUCUUUGCCUCCUCCAGCCGGCGAUGAGGUCCAUCCCGCCUCCUCCUCCUCCAGCUAGCGACCGAGAACAGCGGCCUCCUCCACUAGGCAACGAUGAGCUCCAGUCGUCCAGCAGGCGCAUCUUCCUCCUACCGCGAUCCAACUCCAGCCUGCCUCCUCCUCCUCCAGCUGCCGACCGAGAAUGCAGCGAUAAAUUACAUCAAAGCUUUCGCCCUCACAUACUCCUUCUCACCUGCGCCAGUUUCCGAGUCAAAGCUUCUUCCUCCGACCCCUCAUCACCUUCCCCAGACCUCUUUCUCUCUUGCAUGGCAAAGGCGGCGUUGAGAAUUUGGUAAUCAUAGGUUCAGGUCAUGCUGGAUACACUGCAAUAAUUUAUGCAGCUCACUAUAUAUGAAUGCAGUUUUAUGAGUGA